GCGCUGAGGAGGGAGGGGGCGGCCCGGCCCGGCCCAGCUCUGCCCCCAGCCGGCCCGACCCCGGCUCCGGCCCCCGGACCAGCCCUUAUCUGAUCCCGGCUCCAGUUUAAGAGCUCUGGCCCUGCCCGUCGCACAGCUCUGUUCCUUACUCCUGCCCGUCCCUUCGUCUGUCUGUCCCGCUGCCCAUCCGAGGGGCCACUCCACGCGGACCCGAGAUGACAUCAGUUGCCAAGGUAUAUUACAGUCAAACCACUCAGACAGAAAGCCGGCCCCUAAUGGGCCCAGGGAUACGACGGCGGAGAGUCCUGACAAAAGAUGGUCGCAGCAAUGUGAAAAUGGAGCACAUUGCUGACAAGCGCUUCCUCUACCUCAAGGACCUGUGGACAACCUUCAUCGACAUGCAGUGGCGCUACAAGCUUCUGCUCUUCUCUGCGACUUUUGCAGGCACCUGGUUCCUCUUUGGUGUGGUGUGGUAUCUGGUAGCUGUAGCCCACGGGGACCUGCUGGAGCUGGGCCCCCCAGCCAACCAUACUCCCUGUGUGGUACAGGUGCACACUCUCACUGGGGCCUUCCUCUUCUCCCUUGAAUCCCAGACCACCAUUGGCUAUGGCUUCCGUUACAUCAGUGAGGAGUGCCCACUGGCCAUUGUGCUUCUGAUUGCCCAGCUGGUGCUCACCACCAUCCUGGAAAUCUUCAUCACAGGUACCUUCCUGGCAAAGAUCGCUCGGCCCAAGAAGCGGGCUGAGACUAUUCGUUUUAGCCAGCAUGCAGUUGUAGCUGCCCACAAUGGGAAGCCCUGCCUUAUGAUCCGAGUCGCCAAUAUGCGUAAGAGCCUCCUCAUUGGCUGCCAGGUGACAGGCAAACUGCUUCAGACCCACCAGACCAAGGAGGGCGAGAACAUUCGGCUCAACCAGGUCAAUGUGACUUUCCAAGUAGACACGGCCUCUGACAGCCCCUUCCUCAUUCUACCCCUUACCUUCUACCACGUGGUAGAUGAGACCAGUCCCUUGAAAGACCUUCCCCUUCGCAGUGGUGAGGGUGACUUUGAGCUGGUGCUGAUCCUAAGUGGGACAGUGGAAUCUACCAGUGCCACCUGCCAAGUGCGCACUUCUUACCUGCCAGAGGAGAUCCUUUGGGGCUAUGAGUUCACACCUGCCAUCUCGCUGUCAGCCAGUGGCAAAUACAUAGCUGACUUCAGCCUUUUUGACCAAGUUGUGAAAGUGGCCCCCCCUAGUGGCCUUCGUGACAGCACUCUACGUUAUGGUGACCCCGAAAAGCUCAAGCUGGAGGAGUCAUUAAGGGAACAAGCUGAGAAGGAGGGCAGUGCCCUCAGUGUGCGCAUCAGCAAUGUCUGAUAGCUUGGCUUCCCACCUCCUUAGCCCUCUGGUUUCAUUUCCUUUUUUGGCACCCUGGGUGAGGAUAUUACUCAGGCUUGCUGGAGAGUUCCAGAAGCACCCAUUCCCUACUCCCUCGCCGUUAAGCCAGUGGUCUGUGCGUAGUCAGGGCCAACUGGAGUCCAAGUUUUCCUCCCAUUCUCCCCUUUCGCCUCACCCCACUUCUACUGCAUUUUACAUACCUCCCUUAAGCCAGGAUAGGGAGAGGGACAAUUAGGCUGAAGCGGCUUAGCGGCCUCAGCCACGCUUGGAGACUCACAUUAGGAAGACCAUGCAGUUGGAUGAACAGACUACCCCCCUCCCCACGAGAAAGUUUGGUAACUUGAGGCUGGAGCCGCCUCCCUCUCUAACUUUCCACCUGGCAAGUUCCCUAAGGAGAGAUUCUAUGAUGGUCCCUUUGGGGUCUGUGCCCUCAGAAAUAUAGGAAUUCUGAAUCAAUUUAUCCUUGGGGUCUCUACCAACCUCUAUUCAAAGAAGUUAGGAUUUUUCAUGGUGAAUUUCUGUUAGCAACUCCUGACUAUAACCUAGGUCCUUGGUCACCACUAUUUUCCUCUUUCUAGUUUUUAAAGUGGACCCUUCUUUAGGAUACCCAGUUCUCUCAUAGAUGACUCUGCUCUCAGAGAAUUGGGUUGACCCAGGAAAUAGAAAACCUAUAGUCACAACCACCACACCUGCACCCAUCCUGGAUUCUGAACUCUUCAGUGUGGAGUGACCAAUGCAGAGCUGUUGUCCAAACCCGUGAACCUGUCCUCCAAGCUUCCCUGGGAGGAUUGGUUUCCCUGUGCCCGCUGAACGGGAUGACCCUCCCCUGGAAAAAGCCCAGCGCCUAGACCCCAUGGAAAGGUCUGGAAAUGGUGUUCCAGAUGACACUGCCCCUGGCUUUUCUUCUUUCCUGCCCAGCGCACUCUUCCCUUAACCCCAAAAGUUCAGAGGAAGGGAGGGAGAAUGCAAGGGCCUCCCUUUGUCAACACUGUUCCACUAAAACUGGACUCACAGGGCACAAAGUUCCCAAGAAAGUUACACCGACCCCACCAACUGGGAUGAGUAAAUUGUCAGAUUUCUGGACUGCUGUACAGAGCCUCUGGGAAUUGGUGAUGCUUUGUUAAGGUUUGGGCAGAGGCAGAACUCUGUGGCUGGCAGGCACUAUUCUCCCUGUUACCCCUCCCAGUGACCUCUGAAAAGUGCCAGCUAUUUCAUUAGGCCAUGUUGGGAGGGAAGGAAAUCACACCUACUGAUUAAUUAACCAUGGUCUCCCUCAACCAUCCCUGAGACUUGGUAUAAAAUGAAUAUCAGUUUCAUCUCUACUCUCCUUUGCCAGGAGGCCAAUUUCCGGCAAGUUAAAAGACAUACUUUAAGAGAUCAGACUCAGGCCAUUCCUUGUUCCCGGGUGGGGACUGUGGUAGGGGUCAGGAAGGGUGUAUGGGCACCAGAACCUUCUCUAAGGCCCCAAAUCCCAAGAGUGCUUCCUGGUCUCAUUUAGAUACCAAGGGACUUCCCCCCACCACACCCCAAAGUGGUUCGGCAGACAAUUUCUGUAUGAAUCAAGUGGCAGUUUAUUUAAGGUGGACUCAGCCAAUUGUUAAAAGCCACACACUUAUAUAGAAUGUGUACAUGCAUCUGUGUGCAGAGCCUUGCAGAGAAACUCACAAAAUUUUAAGGCUGGAACCAUGGUUACCACUUACUCUCUUAUAUUGAUCUCUCCUUGAACUCUAAUUAUACCUUGAAAAUGAAGACCCUCUGUUCUCCACUUACUGUAAACCCCACCAUUACUUUCUAGCUCUUAAGAAAGCAAGAACCAGAAAAACGCGAAAAUAUGAAACAUAGAACAGAAGGCAAAGAGCCAGCUUCUGGGUCCUCAACUUUAUUCAACAUUAAACUUAGCCAAUGUCUUUCAAUGUGUAAAGGUAAAAAGUACUGCAAUGUUUGUGUGUAUCAUUUAUCCAUUAGCAAUACCCUCCUUCUAGUUUCUUCUGCACACAGCUGCUUCCCUUCUGAGGGAAUUACUGUCUUCCCACCUCUGAUGUCUAUUCUCCUCACAUUCUUGGAUAACACAAUUUUCUGACUUACCCUUUUUGAUUCUCCUCCAUGAUCCCAGGCUUUACUCUGAAUUGUACUUUAAAUCAUACUGUCCUUUUACUUCAACCUGGCUUAUUCUCCCAUAAGGCCUGCCCCUCACUGUCAACCCUAAAUGGCUCUUUAGACUACAGACCCCAUCUUCUCUACACCGAAAUCCUCUUUCAGGCUAACAGACAGGCUUUAGAAGUAGCCAGGUCUGGUAAAAAAACAGGGUCCCUGACCACACCAACCAUGGACUUGGCAUGUCAGGAGAGCAUUAGGAGAACAAAUGUUUAGGGGGGGAGAUUUCGGAGGAUAGGCAAAACAACUGAUGAGGGCAAAACAAAAGAUGAGAAAGGGUGCUACUGAGGAAUCUAGUGAAAUCGAUGACACGCUUGAGUCUUACUUGAGCUAGCAAACAAGAGGUAGGUGGAAGCUUGAGGAAUUAGGAUAUGAUAUAUAUGAAAGGUUUAUCUAAGAAGAAACAGAUAAUAUAUAUCUAUUGUAUAUCUAUAUAUAUCUAUAUCUAUAGAUACAUAGAUCCAUCUAUCUAUCUAUCUACCAUCUAUCUAUAUAUAGAGAGAUGUAUAUAGACGUAUAUAGGACCAAAUAUACUGAAUGUACAGAAAGGAAAUGUUCAGAGAUCUCAGCUUGGGGCAGAUAGCUUGCAGUGGUUUUGGGUAGGAUUCCCCAGAUUUCCAAACUUACAACCAGUAAUCCUUGUUUCAAUAUGGAAGUGAGAUACCUGAUGAAGGCUUUCAGGUUUGAUGAUGGGAAAGUGAGUGGUGGAAGCUUCUCUUCAGAAAUAGAGGCAUCCAUUGAGACUUCUGAUAAACCCUGUGCUGCUGAUAGGACCAGGAAGAUGGGAGACAGGAGGAAAAUGGAGACACUCCAUCCAUGGAAAUCUAGGAGAUUCCCUACUUAUGCUGUGUUCUCCCAUCCCCAGAAAUGUCUUGUCACUGUAGUACUUUUUAACAUUUUUAAAUAAAAGCACCCUUCUAUUUCUCUCUCUUGAAGUACACUGUAUUUCCCUUCUUCCACAGGGGUAGGGGCACCUGCAGCUCCAGCCCCUGGAGGCAAUGGCUAUUCAACUGAGAAGCUGAACACUUUGUUGUGUGGAGGCACUAAAGGGGAGCUUCAACCCUAGAAUUCAAAGGCCAGGAUGAAAGAACUGUUGCGCCCAAGAUAAUCCCAAAGCAGAGGCGCAGCCCUCUGUGUGGCUGCAAGCAGCCCAAAGAGAACGCUGCCUAUGCUAGGGGAAUCCCCAUCCUGGCAUUUGGGCAUGGGGCAGUGGGCUUUGGCUUUGAUGCUUCCGUAUGAAAAUGAGUGGGGCUACCAGCUGCUCUAGGGGAUGGUGCCGAUAUAGGAGAGGCUCCUGAAAUUCCUACUCUUGUUUCACCAUUCCCCCAACGUCUGUCAGCUAAUAAGACCAUCCUAGGAUUUCCCUAUGAAGCCUUAGCAGAAAAAGGAAGCCAGUUCUACUAUUGCUACAAGCCAGGGACACUGCCCCCUCCCCAGGGCUGCUACCCUGGUCCUUUACCCCUGUUAAUUAACCUAGUUUAUUUGUAAAAUACCACACCACCUUUGCUGUGAAGUUAACAAGGGCCUCCAUGUUCAGUAAUGGCCAACUCUACUGAGGCAGAAGUAUUUAGGGAUAGUUUCCCAUUCAUUGCAUUAACAACUAAACCAGGUCAAAUGUACCUAGGAAAAAGAUGUGUGAAUUUUUUUUGUUUAUUUUUUGUCAAUUCAGAACAAGCUACUAAAUAAAAUGGACGAAUCUCUGUUCUUCA